AUGCGACGUCGUUCACAGGGAUAUAUGCUGGUACCAAGCGCGAGGCUUUUUGGUAAGCGUUCAUUUGCGUUUGGAUGUGGUUUAUUCACAUGGACCACGGCAGGGAAUGGGUCUUUGGCCGCUUACAUGGUUUCACGGCCUUCAUCUUGUCCUAUCCCCGGCCCGCGGGCUUGGCCGGGGUCCGGGGUGCGGACAGUAGGGUUUGGAUUCUACUCCGCUUUUCCUCCGCGAUUGGGCGCGGAGCUUCGGUUUCGGGCGUAUAUCCGAAAGCCAAAGGGUCACUUAAUCAUCAAGGUAGCACCGUACCAAGGCAAAGAGGGUAGGACGACGCGCAGGAAGGUCCAUCGCGGUGGAAUUGUUGCUUGGGCUGGUGACAUUGGCGCUGGGCGGAAGUUUGGCGGAGGUCUCACGCGCGGCGUGGAGUCUGUGAAGUUAUUCCGAAUCUCAAGGAAAAGUCGCCGAGUGGUGGUUUAUUCUUGCGUGGUAAGCAUAAGGUGGACUACACCAUUCGUCCGAGCGAUGGACGACUAA